AAAUAAUAAAAUAACCUUAUCUCUUCUCUAUAUAUUAGUUCUUGAGAUCUCUCCAACAACUCUACUUUGUCUUUACUCAAGUAUUUCACUAAGAAAGAUAGAAUCACAAAAAGGAAAGAGAAAAUGAGAGGAGAAAUCGAUGAAGCUAAUCUUGCUCCUGAAACUUCACUUAUUAACAAAGAGAAUCAAGACUCAUCGGCGACAAUAACAACUACUCUCUUGCUCACCACUUUUGUAGCCGUGUCUGGUUCCUUUGUCUUUGGCUCAGCUAUAGGAUAUUCAUCACCUGUUCAGUCGGAUUUAACCAAGGAGUUGAAUCUCUCUGUGGCAGAGUACUCGCUCUUCGGUUCGAUUCUGACAAUUGGAGCAAUGAUCGGCGCAGCUAUGAGUGGACGAAUCGCCGAUAUGAUAGGCAGACGAGCUACUAUGGGUUUCUCGGAGAUGUUUUGCAUUCUCGGCUGGUUAGCAAUCUACCUUUCUAAGGUUGCAAUUUGGCUUGACGUUGGGAGAUUCUUGGUUGGUUAUGGAAUGGGCGUUUUUUCGUUUGUGGUUCCUGUAUACAUAGCUGAAAUCACUCCUAAGGGUCUUCGUGGUGGGUUUACAACUGUUCAUCAGUUACUGAUAUGUUUGGGUGUCUCAGUCACAUAUCUCUUGGGCUCUUUUAUAGGCUGGCGAAUUUUAGCUUUGAUCGGAAUGAUACCAUGUGUUGUACAAAUGAUGGGAUUAUUUGUCAUCCCAGAGUCUCCUAGAUGGUUGGCAAAAGUUGGCAAAUGGGAAGAAUUUGAGAUUGCAUUGCAACGAUUACGUGGUGAAUCCGCAGAUAUUUCAUAUGAGUCUAAUGAGAUCAAAGAUUAUACGCGAAGACUUACAGAUUUAUCAGAAGGUAGUAUAGUAGAUCUGUUCCAGCCACAGUAUGCUAAAUCUCUAGUUGUGGGAGUUGGUCUGAUGGUUUUGCAACAAUUUGGAGGGGUUAAUGGAAUUGCUUUUUACGCUAGCUCUAUUUUCGAAUCUGCUGGGGUUUCUUCCAAAAUUGGAAUGAUUGCGAUGGUGGUCGUACAGGUAAGUUUUUGGGUAUUAUUAUUUUAUUUUCCCCAAUUUUUUGAUGGUUAAUUAAGUGAAUGAAUAUAUAUUUAUAUAGGGUAACAACACAACUAAUACAAAUAUAUAUUACAAAAAUAAUAUAAUUAUACUAAAGGAUUUUUAGGGAAGAAAAACCUGAGAAAGAAAGAGAAUAUAUAAUGUUAGAGUGUGAAUUGUUUCCAUUCGAAAGAGAAGGAAGAGAGCAGGAUAGCGAUCAGUCGCGACGACUAAUUCCUGGAGAUUGUUGAUCGAUGCGAUAGGUCGCUGGAUCUGUCGCUAAAUUUAACGACUACCAAACGACCAUCACUGGCGACUACUAAACGAUCAUGACCAUAAAAUUAUAAAAUGAACACACGCUUCUCCGAUACAAACCAAAUCGUUCUAAUCUGAGUUUCAUUUGUUUACCUAUCAAAUACAAAAAUUAAUCUGACCCAAAAUUUAUCCUAUAACAAGAUUAUAGAGAGAUAAACCCGUAGAGGAACCAUAUAUCAAGGUAACAUGUUAGAAAUACCUAACAUUAAAGAAAUGAGACGUUGAGUGAUAUAUGAAUAAUAUGGUCUAAUCCACUUUUGUUUUGAAUUGAAAAGCCAAAAUAAUUACAAUUAAUAUAUAAUUGUUUAACAUUUAAAAUUCAAUGUAUCAUUUCUUAAAAUUAUUUGUAGCUGAGACGAAUUUUCUUUCCAGAUCCCUAUGACAACUUUAGGUGUACUGUUGAUGGAUAAAUCAGGAAGACGACCAUUACUUCUAGUAAGAAAAAACAAGUGACUAACAUUUUUUUAUAAUGUUAUUAGUCAAAUACAAAGUAAUUUUUACAAGUACCUUUUCUCACUAUAUUAAAAAUAAAGUUUUUAAAGAAUUUAUGUUAUAACUGUAGUUCCAACUUAUUAUUGUUUUUUUAUCUUUUAUUAUUAUUAUUAUACAUUGGUGGAUAAUUAUAUAUUGCCUCCCUAGUCCCUAUAUAUAUGUCAAUAUGUAUAUGUUGAAAGAAUUACAUAUAAUGAAUUUAAUAUUUUAUCUCUUCAGAUUUCUGCUACUGGAACAUGUAUCGGGUGUUUCCUCGUCGGUUUAUCAUUUUCAUUACAGUUUGUAAAGCAAUUGAGUGGAGAUGCUUCAUAUCUAGCACUUACAGGCGUUUUGGUGUACACCGGAUCAUUUUCAUUAGGGAUGGGUGGGAUUCCUUGGGUCAUUAUGUCAGAGGUAAGUAACAUUCAUAAAAAUUCUUUGGUUUUAAACAUACUCUUAUACUUAAUAAUCCGAUCGAUGUCUUAAGAAAUAUUAAACUUUAUAUCAUAAACCUACGGUUUAGUAUUAAAAUUAAAUAAUAAAUUAUUUAACUCUCAUAUGGUUGUAUGUGGUAUGAUUUUGAUCAGUGUAUAUAAAUUAUGUUCCUUUAUGAUUUAUUUAUUGAUUCUUUGUUUAUAUAACAUUUUAAUUCAAUUUAGUUGGUGCGUAGAUAUUAAUUUUAUGUUUUAUAUGAUAAAGAUAUUUCCAAUAGACAUAAAAGGAUCAGCCGGAAGCCUCGUGACUGUUGUUAGCUGGGUCGGAUCAUGGAUUAUAUCUUUUACAUUUAACUUUCUAAUGAAUUGGAAUCCGGCAGGUAUAAAAUUUGUUUAAAUUUUGCUUUUAUCAAUAAAUUUUGUUCUUUAUCUAAUAGUGGCACAAGUUUUAAAUUUUCAGGAACGUUUUAUGUUUUCGCUACUGUUUGUGGGGCUACUGUUAUUUUUGUAGCAAAACUCGUACCAGAAACCAAAGGUCGCACACUUGAGGAAAUCCAAUAUUCGAUUGGUUAUGUAGAAUUGUAAUGUAUAGUAGUUGAUUACGAGAAUAUCAGUCCCUAAUUAUAACGAUUAAAAGUAAGAUUUUUUAUUUUUCUUCUUUCCUUUUGGUAUAAUCGUAUCAUCCUUUUUGCUUAGUGAAUUUGAAUAAAUGGUGUUGUUUUUGGUUACC